UUAAACAAUAAUAAAACGAGGGAAAAACGAGGUGGUGGGCCCCGCUAAUUAACGGAGUUAAGAAUAAUAUCCGUUAGAAAACAGCGUGAGACUCGAAUCUAUAAAUGUAUUCCCAUCUCUGCUUCAUCUUGUUCCCUCACUUUGAUCUUCUUCCUCCUCGCUUUGCUCUCGAGUCAAAAUUAAGGUUUCGUUGACGCUUUUUCUCUCUCUCUCCAGAGUAUAAAAGGUUGUGUGGAGCUUUCGAAUCACUCAAAGAAGAUGGAGGUAUUUGGAAAAUCCCCCAUGGUUAGCUCCGCCAAUGUUAUUUACUUGUCCGCGAUUCUAGGCCGCGACUGCGACGCGUCUCACAAAUGCGACUGGAAAUGCGAGAACGAGAACGUUUUCGGGAACAUGUACCGCUGCAAACUAACUGGACUGACGCACGUCUGCGACAACAACUGUAACCAGAGGAUCCUCUACGAUAACCACACCUCCCUGUGCAGAGCGAGCGGGCGGGUUUUCCCUCUCUCGCCUGCUGAGGAGCAGGCGGUGAGAGGUGUUAGGAGGAAGCUUGACAACAGUGAGAGCCUUCCUCCUACUGAGGGGUGUUCGUUUAAGCGUCGUCGUCGCGAUGUGUCUCAGUUCAAAGCUUCUCCUUUCGAGAGGUCUUUCACUGCUGUGAGUCCUAUCUGCAGCCCUGCUGGAGACGGGAUGGACUUGAGUUAGAUCCAUCAAUCAUCUCCCUGAGAGGAUCUUUAAUAAGACGUAGAAUAACUUCCUUUUUUUUUAUCUAUUUUCUUUUGAAAAACUAUGGAUAAGAGACGUAUGUGCUGUUAUUGCUCUAGCAGGGGAGGUCUAGGCAUCUUCCCUGCCUGAAACAGAGCUUUAUCUUAAUUAUUCUGUGAACUUUAAUGUAGUACUUAUGUAGGAGAGACUUUUAUAAUUUACUUGCUUCUACUUA